UAUUUUUCUGGUUAAGCUUCAAAGUCCAAAAAAAAAAAAAAAAAAAAGAGCAAACUUGCACGCGCGAAAUCGAUUUUUGCCGAAUCACCAUUUUACCUCAACAAAACAAUGGCGACGACACAACUCAGCCACCAAAUUUUCCGGCCCAGCGCCGCCGUACACGUCACUCUCCGACGUCAAACCGCCGACUUUCCGUUCCCACCGUCCAAGAGAACUCUGAGGCUUUCCCAAAAUUACCACACUGCCCACGUCUCCAAAUGGGUCGUGAGACUAAGCCUGGUGGAACAGAGCCCAGCUGCAAAAUCAACGGUCGACGUGCAACGGCUAGUGGAUUUCUUGUACGAGGAUCUACCUCACCUCUUUGAUGAUCAGGGGAUUGAUCGGACGGCCUAUGAUGACCGAGUGAAGUUCCGGGACCCAAUCACUAAGCAUGAUUCCAUAAGUGGGUAUCUGUUUAAUAUUUCCCUUUUGAAGAUACUCUUCAGGCCUGACUUCCUUUUGCACUGGGUCAAACAGACAGGUCCAUAUGAGAUAACAACAAGAUGGACUAUGGUUAUGAAGUUCUUGCUUUUGCCAUGGAAACCAGAGCUGGUGUUCACAGGAACCUCUGUGAUGGGCAUCAACCCAGAGACAGGGAAAUUUUGCAGCCACGUGGACUUUUGGGACUCUAUAAAGAACAAUGACUAUUUCUCUUUGGAAGGUUUGUGGGAUGUAUUUAAGCAGCUGCGGAUUUACAAAACUCCAGAGUUGGGAACACCGAAAUACCAGAUAUUGAAAAGAGCGGCAAAUUAUGAGGUGAGAAAGUAUGAACCCUUUAUAGUUGUAGAAGGAAGCGCAGAUAAGUUGUCAGGCUCUGCUGGCUUCAAUGAUGUCACUGGGUAUAUUUUUGGAAAGAAUUCUAAGAUGGAGAAGAUACCAAUGACAACUCCUGUCUUCACUGAAGCAUCCAAUUCUGAACAGUCCAAUGUCUCCAUCCAAGUAGUGCUCCCACUAGACAAAGAUAUGAACAGUUUACCAGAUCCCGAAAAGGACACGAUAAGCCUGCGAAAGGUGGAAGGAGGAACCGCUGCUGUACUAAAGUUCAGUGGAAAGCCUACUGAGGAUGUUGUCUUAGAAAAAAUGAAAGUUCUCCGGUCAAGUCUUCUCAGAGAUGGUCUAAAACCAAGGAAAGGCUGUUUGCUUGCUCGUUACAACGAUCCAGGUCGAACACGGAGCUUCGUAAUGAGGAAUGAAGUGCUAAUAUGGCUCGAGGAGUUUACACUGGACUAGCCUGUACCAAAGGCAUUUUAGCGACUGGCUUUACUUCUCUGCCUUACAGAAGUUGAUUUAAGAGUUGUUUUGCGGUUUGUAAUCAAAUGGAUUAAUUCAUUUUGAUCUUACCUCAGAAGAAAACCACACUAGCUUGUUGUACAAAGCUACGCACAGAUGAAAUUUCCGUUUGGGGUUAAAAAGAAAU